AUGCCUCCCACCGUCUCAACUGGCCUCGCAAUCACAAACCCACUGGUAAAAUACCGUGCCCUGGUGUCAACGAAACAAAUCCAACAGGACCAGGGACAACUUCGCUUGGCCUUGCAUUUACAGAGACUAUAUGACCGUCUGAUCGACUACGAGCCCCAGCAAGAAUAUAGUCACCGCCUUGAUCAGAUCUCCCGUGCUGUCCGGAAGCAGCAACCUUCCAAUGGCUCCGCAAAGUCUACCGAUGAAGUUGUGCCCCAACCGCCAAAGCAAAGUACAUGGCGGUCUUUUCUGGCGGCGAAGGAGAAGAGAGACUCCCUUGCCUUGACCCGCAGAUUGACGUCUCAGGAGUCUGCGAUGGAGAUGUCUUCACCUAGAGGACUGAUGCUGCAUGGCGAAGUCGGGACGGGCAAGUCGAUGCUCAUUGACCUCUUCGCGGAUUGUCUUCCUACGCGCAAGAAGCGGCGAUGGCACUUCAAUACGUUCAUGCUUGAGACCUUUUCCAAACUCGAGGCUUUUAGACGGCACAAGCUAUUACAGGAUCAAGAUAAUGGCGAUGAUUACUCUGUGCUUUGGAUGGCCAAGGACUUGAUUCAGACAUCGCCAAUACUGUUUCUGGACGAGUUCCAGAUGCCCGACCGUGUUGCAUCGAAGAUCUUAACAAAUCUGAUGACUUCGUUCUUCCAGCUCGGUGGCGUGUUGAUAGCUACAUCAAACCGCAUGCCGGAGGAGCUGGCGAAGGCGAGCGGCAUUGAAUUCUCGCCUCCCCCUAGCAGGAUGGAGAGUCUGGGCUGGCAAUUCGGAUUCCGUAGGAAAGUGCAGAGUCCAUACGCAGGGCGGAAUGAGUGUGAGGUCUGGGAGAUGGGUGGUGGGAAGGACUACAGGAGGUUAGAAAGUACCAGUGCCGCGGCACCACCGACGCAGAAAGGCGAAGAGGACGUGCAAUGGAGAAUGGACGAGUAUCUCGAUCUCCAGCACAGCGCUGGUAUGGCUGGAUGGCCUCAUGCUGAGGGAGAACAGCCUGCGGAGAAGGAAGAUACAACGUCUUCUGCAGCUGCGAUGCCGCGCUUCUUCUUCGUUGAUUCUGGCGAUGACGCAGCCCAGCAGCAAGCAUACAACUCGGUGCUCGAAGCUGCAUCGGGCACGUCGACCGACACCAUCAAGCUCGAGCCCAGCACAAUGAGAGUCUACGGACGAACAAUACCAAUACCGCGGACGUACAAGGGCAUCACCGAGUGGACAUUUGCAGAGAUCUGCAAGACUACCCUUGGGCCAGCGGACUACACCACGUUGGCUUCCACCUACCACACGCUCAUCCUCAAGGACGUCCCGGUCUUGACAUGGCUGAUGAAAAACGAGGCGAGGCGGCUCAUCACCCUUCUUGAUGCUCUCUACGAAUGCAAAUGCAAGCUCUUCGUCAUUGCCGAAGCAGGACCAGACGACAUUUUCUUUCCAGAACAGAGCCUGUCCGGCGAGGAGAGCGAUGCGAUCCAAUCCGAGACUUUCUCUGAAGCCUAUCAAGACGCCACCGCGCCCUUCCGACCCAACAUCCUGAGUGACAAUCCCAACUACGCAGAACCAGAUCCCGAGCCCAACUAUACCCACGCCCGUCUCGCCGGCCUCCUAAGUGCAGAUGCUCUCGAAGACGACCCGCCGAACAGGCCUGCCCAACAAGGCAAGAAUGCGUUUGGCCGCUCUUUCGGAAGGACAGACUCAGAGAUGGAGCGCAAACCCAUCGAUCCCGACGACCAGCCAAGGUAUCGCUCUCCUGAUUUCGGCAAAGCGAGCGCUUUCACCGGAGAGGAUGAGCGCUUCGCAUAUAAGCGUGCGCAAAGCCGGCUCUGGGAGAUGUGCGGUGCGAAGUGGUGGGCCAGGAAUGAAGAGGGCUGGCACAGGCCGUUGCCUGCAGAGGUGAGGAGGUGGGAGCGAGCUGUUGGUGAGGAUGCACCGUCGAGUCCAGGUGAAGGACAGAGCGACGUUUCCGUAGGAGAAGCGGCGGUGGAUGAGACGAGGGACGAAAGCAUGUUCAAACGUGGUGGGAGUCCGUUCAGAACCUCUGAGGAGCCGCCUCCGAAGUUCAGCUGGGUGCAUGCAUGGGGGACUAUGCAGUGGGGAAAGAAGGCAGGAGCAUGGGGGAGGGGCCCAGAAGGUCUCAAGGAUCGCGGUGAUGAGAAGAGGUGA